CUCAAACAUUACUAUUUUUUAUCUCUGUGAUUUCUCCAUGGCUGAAGACAAAAAUCUCUCCAAAAUUCAGCAGCCGCCGGAGAUUGUAGUCCUCGGCCCUCCGGCCAUUUUCAGAACCUACAGCAAAGAAUUCUCCUCAAAAUUCCGAUUACUAAAGCCAUGGGAAUCUCCUCUUCCUCUGGCGGAGUUCCUCGAGGCCCACGCCCACAGCACACGCGCCGCCCUCUGCUCCGGCGUGUUCUCUCUCUCCGCCGCCGUGCUCGCGAAUCUCCCCUCCCUUCAGCUGGUGGUCACCACCAGCGCCGGCCUCAACCACAUAGAUCUCGUCGAGUGCCGCCGCCGCGGCAUCGCCGUCGCCAACGCCGCCAACAUCUUCUCCGCCGAUGUGGCUGACCUCGCGGUGGGGCUCCUCCUCGCCGUCCUCCGCAAAAUCAGCGCCGGAAAUCGAUUCGUGAAAAAUGGAUUUUGGCCGGAUCUAGAAACCUACCCUCUCGGCUUCAAGUUAGGAUGCAAGAAAGUUGGAAUCGUGGGAUUAGGAAGCAUCGGCCUCGAAUUAGCGAAAAGGCUCGAACCAUUCGGCUGCGAAAUAUCAUACCACUCGAGAAAUAAGAAGCCAUUUGUUCCGUACGUAUUUUACCCGGACAUUUUCGAAUUAGCAGUUGCAUCCGAUAUACUUAUACUCUGCUGUGCAUUAACCGAACAAACGCACCACAUGAUCAAUCGAGGGGUACUUUUGGCAUUGGGAAAGAAGGGAGUUAUUAUUAAUAUCGCCCGUGGGGGUGUGAUUGACGAGAAGGAAUUAGUGGCUUGUUUGGCGAGUGGCGAAAUAGCUGGUGCUGGAUUGGACGUCUUCGAAAACGAGCCUUGUGUGCCGAACGAGCUUUUUGGAUUCGACAACGUCGUUUUGUCGCCACAUUGUGCUGUCUUUACGGAGGAGUCGUUUGGUGAUUUGUAUGAGCUUGUUUCGGGUAAUUUGGAAGCUUUCUUCUUGAAUAAGCCUUUGGUUUCUCUGGUUGAGAUGGAGUAGGGGUAUUAUCGUCUUUUCGCAUUGGUAUGUAUGAGUCUUGCCUAUAUUAAUAAUUUAAUUUGUUUUAAUAUUGGGCUGAGUAUUUAUUAAAUUAGUCACAAAGGCCCAAUUCUGAUCCAGCUUAUAUUUCAGGCCCACAUGUGUGACAAA